AUGGCACUUCUCAAUGAAGAUGCCAGCAAAGUGCAUGGGAAUGUGCCUAUUCAGCGAUCUGAUGCUGGACUAGGUUAUCCUAGCGACAAGCUCUCUCUGCCAAUCUGUGGAUCAUCCCUACCUCCCAAAGAGAGUGUAUCUACAGCUCCUCGUGAGGAGGUUACUCUAGACAAGGCGACUGAAAAGCCGGAUGAACCGAAGCGAGUGCUUAUUGAAACAUGGGAAACACAAACUAUUUAUCAAGAUGACGUAGGUCGUGUGCAAGCCCAAAAUGGCUCCAAUCGCCAAGUGGUGGCCGGGGCUGGAGGCCAAUAUGUAAUCCACAAGGAUACUUCGCCUUCGGCACCGCCGCGUCCAGAUGGACCGUUGCGCGAAGGGUCGCCUUCAAAUUACGGUUACACGAUAACCACUGAGCGUCGGGCUGUUGGCGAAACCACACGACGCCACUUGCUUCCAGGCGACGUUUCGUUGCAGGACGUUCGUAGUGCUGAUCGGGAGGUUCUUGAAUCUGCCAUGCUUCGUAGCAUCAAUCUUGGGUCAAGCCAUGUGAUGCAUGAAUUUGAGCCUUCUGUGGAGAUCGUACACCACAUUGAGGAACGUUUGGACGAUCCGUCACCUACUCCUUCAAGACCACUUGCCACUCGCGAGGUCACUAUGGGACGAUGCAGUCCAGCCUCCUCUGUCUCCUCAACACGUGUAUCUACAACCCCUAUUGCAGGAUCUAAAGGCUUAGUAGCCAAUGCGACUGCUACCACUGAGAUAACAAAUACCUAUGUAGCCGGGAUACCGGACUGUGAGAUUCCAAUCGCUGGUCUACUUCCGCCUUCUCAGACCUCCACCAGACUGGUUGUUGAGCCUCACUCUACCGACCUCGUUGUUUCGACGCGAGUCAACGCCACGUUGAAUGGUGUUGUUGCGCCUCCGGUCGGCUCUGCCGAUGAUGCCGAUUUUCCCUUCAACAUGAAUGUUACAUACACGGACUCAGCAUCUCGUCAAGUGGUCGUUCAAUCUCCACGGCCAAGUAUUCACUCGCCCACUUCUCCUGCCAGCCCUGCUGCUGAGGUCGGCAGGUUUCAUCGCUCUAGCAGCCAGCGUAGCGCUAGUGGUCGUCGGCGAUUUGAGUUUUCUAGCCCAAGUGGAGGCUCUGUGGUAGUAGCUACUGCGGCAACCUCCUCAGGAGCACACCAAGGUAGUGGCUUCCGUGGAAAUAGGUCUCCGAGCCUAUCGAACACUAUUAGACGCAUACCAGCACGGAAUUAUAGGCAAGUUUUCUACAUUAUUACCCGUAAUUAUUGA